UUGUUAUUUAUUGACUCAUUAUUUAUCGGGCAGCCUCAACCGGUGGAGUAAUUUUAUAGCCCGAUUUACGCAAUCGAAGAGUAAGGAUGCAGCCUAGCUCCGAUGAUGCUUCCCGACGCAUUGCUAGGAUCAGUUCUCAUCUCCGCCCUCCCGCUUCUCAGACGGAGGAGACGUCCUUGCUGAGGCGUGCGAAUUGCCGGUCCAAGGGAGGAGCCCAUGGAUUCAAGGUGGCGAUACUGGGAGCUGCUGGAGGUAUUGGGCAGCCGCUUGCUAUGCUGAUGAAAAUGAAUCCUUUGGUCUCGGUUCUACACCUUUACGAUGUUGUCAAUUCUCCCGGUGUCACUGCAGAUAUCAGCCACAUGAACACCGGCGCUGUGGUCCGGGGUUUUCUUGGUCAAUCUCAAUUAGAGAAUGCACUUACAGGAAUGGAUCUUGUAAUAAUUCCUGCUGGAGUUCCUAGGAAGCCAGGAAUGACUAGGGAUGAUUUGUUUAAUAUCAAUGCUGGGAUUGUCAAGACCCUGUGUGAGGGAGUGUCUAAAUGCUGUCCCAUGGCUAUAGUUAACUUGAUAAGCAAUCCAGUGAACUCCACUGUUCCCAUCGCAGCUGAAGUGUUUAAGAAAGCUGGUACUUACAAUCCCAAGCGUCUUUUGGGGGUGACAACACUUGACGUUGUGAGAGCCAAUACUUUUGUGGCUGAAGUCUUAGGGGUUGAUCCCAGGGAUGUUAAUGUUCCUGUGAUUGGUGGUCAUGCUGGAAUUACCAUAUUACCUCUUUUAUCGCAGGUCAAUCCUUCAUAUUCUUUUACACAAGAGGAAAUUAGUUAUCUGACUGAUCGCAUACAGAAUGGCGGAACAGAAGUUGUUGAGGCAAAAGCUGGCGCAGGCUCUGCUACAUUGUCAAUGGCAUACGCAGCUGCUAAAUUUGCCGAUGCUUGUUUGAGGGGGUUACGAGGUGAUGCGAACAUAUUGGAAUGUUCAUUUGUGGCUUGUCAGGUUACAGAACUACCUUUCUUUGCAUCAAAUGUUCGAUUAGGUCGUAGUGGAGUGGAGGAGGUUCUUCCUCUUGGACCGUUGAAUGAAUUUGAAAGGGCUGGCUUGGAGAAGGCUAAGAAAGAGUUGGCAAUAAGCAUUCAGAAGGGAGUCUCAUUCAUUAACAAGUGAUGGGACGGUACUUUUGAGCUGCUCCACAAUUGAGCUCAUAACAACGUUAAUAUUGGUAAACUUGUUACAGGUUUCAUGGUCAGAGAAAGGUUUACAAUACGGAUUUCUCAUGAAAUCAUCUGAUAUUGUGGAAAUGGACUAUGGAAAAAAUAAGCCAACUUUGUUAAGUUACAAAACAGUGGAAGUUGUCUGAUUUUCUAAGGGAAUUUUCUCAAGUUCUUGUUUUUUA